GUCGACCAAUCGCGCAAUCCGUUUCUUGUCACCUAGCAACUGAACGCACAACGCAUGCGCAUUGGAAACAAAUCCCUGAGGUAGCUGACUAGACGUUUCAAAGUCUUAAAGGUAAUGCUGGAAAGUGGAAUCAUAAACCGUCGACACCAUGUUGGACUGCAGAAAGUGUCGGCGUUGGCAGAAAUGGGACAUUCCUUUGUUGGCCCUUAUAAAAAAUACAAGUUUAUUCAAGAUGACACUAACGGGGGGUCAGCUCUUGUGUGUUCAUGUUUUCGUGUCAUUGAGAGCCUGGAGCCGACAUGCGCAGUGGGUCAGAUAGUAUUGGACACUAUUCAAGCCCACCAUGAGGUCUACCGCACAGGAUCAGGGUGCUUGCUGUUUCUGGCAGGAGCGUGGAGUCGUGCUGCGCUGGAUUGUCUCGAAAGAGGCAUAUCUGUGACUCACAUCAUCUCUGCUAUGUCUGAGGGGAUGGAUAUAUGCAUUGAUGUUUGCAAGAAAUCCUCUGUUCCCUUUGAAGCUCUAGCUGACACUGGAAGAUGCACAGCCACAUCUCGUGGUUCAGGAUCUCAGCUGGUAAAGAAACCCACACCUGAGACCUCUCAGGUGUCUGGCCACAUGAGAGGGACAGCAACAGUUGGUCACCAGACUUUAAACAUCAGUGUACAAAGAAAAGUAAAGCUGAGCAGACAUUUUUAUGGGACUGAGGUUGUUUCUCCAGUCGUGCUCCCGGAUCAACCCAAGUUUCCGGACAUUUCCCACAUUUCCACAGCGUUGAGCCAUGGUUGUGAUAACUCCAUGAAACUGGCAGUAGAAGUCGUUCAAAUGCAAUGGAAAACGGAUCAGCAAGAGAUGAACUAUCCCACGUUUGACACAACAAAAGUAAUGACUUGUGUACUUCCUUGUUUACCAGAAGACUGUGCUUGUGUUGUUCCAGGAUGUGUCGUCCUUUUAUCCAGUGAACAGGCCUCCAUCGCUCAUCAGAUAAAAGAAAAGCCCCUGAAGGUUGCUUUUAUUAAUGGAGAUCUGUCACACACUUAUCGCCAUCUUGGUUUUAAAAGUCUGACCGGUUUACAACGUGUGAGUCAGCUGUCGGACUUGUCACAUUCAAGCGGUGAAGAUGAGUGGCUGGAAAAGGUAGUGAAACUCCUCUUGACUCUGGAAGUCCACCUGAUACUGACUGCCGGUUUUGCACAUGAGAAGUUGAUUCAGAGCUGUUUACAGCAUAAAAUACUCAUUGUAGAGAAAGUGAAACUCUCUGUUAUAAGAAUGAUCGCCAAAUCAGUUGGAGCUGUUCCAGUAACUUAUGCCACACAGUUAAGUAAACACUGUGUUGGCACUGGGGUACAGGUUGCAAUAUGGAGGGACCUCAGCAGCUUUGAGAGAACGGCUUCAACGGUGGUGAAUAUUUCCACUGGCAUGAACACUGGACUGGUCACUGUGGUCAUCUCCAGUUGCUUACCUGGCAAGCUACAAGGUCUGGAGGACCAGUUUUGGGCCUGCGCUCAUCGUUUACAUCACUCAAUGAAAGACCAAGCCAUCCUGCCUGGUGCUGGAGGCACAGAAAUCCUCUGUUUUCAUCAUCUACAGAGACAGGCAGAGUAUCACAGCAGAAGGCACACUGAAGCUUUUCGACACAAUGCAGGAGCUGUGGUCAAUCCCUACAAAAGUGUUGUGCUGGGACUGAUGGCGGGUGGUUUACUAGAUUACAUUAUCACUGUAAUGGCUAACUCUGGAACAAUAUCAGCUGUCACAGCCAAGGCUGUUGUUAGCCAUCAGCUGCAGAAGUUUCACAAAGAUCAAAACAUUUCAGGAAAGUUCCCUCAGCUCAUCCUGGAAGGUGAAAACGAAGCUUCUGCAACACUUUCUGUGAUGAGUUCAGAAGAAGUACCAUCAAUUCAAAUUUAUGACAAUGUGAGUGUGAAGCAGGAUGCGUGGAGAAGAGCUUUGGAUCUGGUUUUUCUGGUUUUACAGACUGAUGCAGAGAUCAUCACUGGCGGUGGAUCAAACGAUGGAGCAGAUCUGAUGCUGUUAUGAUUGGCCUGGGACCAAAAAAAAAGCUUUUCAUUUAUCUUUGUUUUCAUUUUCUUUCUUUUUUCUAUUAAGCUCAUAAACCAAAGAGGUUUUGUGUUAUUGCUGUACUUGUCAUGAGUACAUUUUAAUAAAAUGUUACCCCUUUUUCUAUCAGUAGAGGGAGACACUGUACACACUAAGGACUAAAAAUUUUAUAAAUGUUUUGUGUUGUUUUGAGGUCCCAUGUUUAACCUUUAAAAUGUUAUUUUCAAUUAAUAAAAAUCAGUCUUUCAAAUGUAAUUUUCCUGUAAAUUAGUCACAACUCACUUGAGAUGGCCAAAGUCAAACUGCAAUAUGUUAUGUUCAGAUUUUAAUGCAUACUUCUUUGUCAACAAGGCAUUUUCUAACAGACAUUUAAAGACAUUUGAUUAUUGUUCUUCCAGUACUCAAAGUGGAAACUGACUUUGUUAAAGUUUUUAUAUCGAUGGACAAUCGAUGAUGCAGAUAUGCCUCUGUUUAGGGUAACUCUUGUUUUCUUUUCAAAUAAACAUCUGUUCUGAGA